UGUUUCUCAUGGAGCCAGAUAACGCAGUAUCAAGCUCUUUCUGAAGACAUUUGACAAACUCUAAAGACAUUCAUCACAAGAUGCCAGAACAGACUGAGCUCAUUCACACCUUCAAUGGCAUUCCAUUUUCUACAAGAGUAUCAAAAGAGCUCCUUCAGUCCCUGGACACCUUUGAAGCCAGAGAAGACGACGUGUUAUUAGUUUCCUAUCCAAAAUCAGGCACGCACUGGCUUACAGAGAUUAUGAAGAAUCUGUACCACAGCCACAAUGAAGACAAUGGGGUUAGCAAAGUGACACUGACAUCACCUCUGGAGUUCGGAGAGCUCUCCAAGUUCGAUGAGCUGAGAAACCUCCCCAACAAGAGGCUCAUCCCAACACACCUCAACUAUGAAAUGAUCCCAGUGCAGUUCAAAACGAAAAAAUGCAAGAUGAUUUAUGUGAUCAGAAAUCCUAAGGACACCGCUGUUUCAUUGUACCAUUAUUACAAGCAGAACCCCAAUCUGCCCAAGAUUGAGAAAUGGUCCACCUUUUUAGAAAUGUUCUUGAAAGGAGAAGUUGUGUGCGGUUCCUGGAUUGACCAUGUCCUUAGCUGGGAAAAGAGUAAAACUGAUGAAAAUGUCCUUGUUCUGUACUACGAGUCCUUAAAGGAGGAUCUUCCAAAAUAUGUCAAGGAGAUCAGCACAUUUUUGGGCAUCAAUGUCACUGAAGAGCAAGUCAAAGACAUUUCAAAGAAAUCUUCCUUCAGUGAAAUGAAGGAAAAGGCAGAGAAGGAGAAAGUGAAUCCAAACCACACGGUCUGUGUACUGACUUCCAACAAGAAGCUGAUAUUUAGGAAAGGUACUGUUGGUGACUGGAAAAAUCAUUUCACUUCCAAGCAGAAUGCCAGGUUUGAUGAGCUGUUCAAUGAAAAAAUCAACUCCAGUGAAUUAGCAAGACGUGUGGAAUAUGAGAGUUAGAAUAUAAAGAGCAAUGGCACACUUAUUGUUGUCUUGUCAAAACUGACUCCCUUGUUAUUGGGUGAAAUCUGUAACUCAUGGCACUUUUUGCUGGGAAGACUUUGAUUCACUUUGUUGUGGUAAAUCAAAAGGAAAAUAUUUUUGUAUUAAAUGUAUAAAUGUACUUUCUUAAAAUAAUAUGUAUUUAUUUAUUUAUUUUAUUAUUUGUGUAUGUGCUUGGAAUUGUUUUCUCUGUUCAGUGGUUAUUUUCUGCACAGCAUUAAUGUGUAAAUAGAUGUUAAAUUCUUGCACACAAUAAAGAUUUACAAACUACAGAA